AUGUCGACCACACGUGAGAUUGAGCCCACCCAAGGGACUCAACCUCCAGUCUAUAAUGAGCCCGAACAUGUGACCCAGCAGGUCGUGCUGAACGAGAAGACCAGCAUGGAUGCCGAUUUCGACAAGGAGAACACCGUCACUCCCGAUGGCGGAGAACCCACACUCUCAGAGAAGUCUGGUCUUCGUCACGUUGCCGAGAACCUGCCCAUCUCCGCCUGGUUGGUGGCUAUAGUCGAGCUCUGCGAGCGUUUCACAUACUAUGGAAUGUCUGGUCUGUUCCAGAACUACGUCCAGCGCCCUCUGGACGGUAGUCAAGGACGUGGUGCGCUGGGUAUGGACCACCAGGGAGCUACUGGUCUCACAACCUUCUUCCAGUUCUGGUGUUACGUUACCCCCAUCAUUGGUGCUGUUGUUGCCGAUCAAUACCUCGGCAAGUAUAAGACUAUUGUGCUGUUCUGUAUUGUCUACAUGGUCGGUCUGCUCAUCCUGGUGUGCACUUCCAUUCCCACUGCCCUGGAACAUGGCUCGGGUCUGGGAGGUUUCAUUGUUGCGAUCUUGAUCAUUGGUCUGGGUACCGGUGGUAUCAAGAGUAACGUGGCUCCCUUGAUUGCGGACCAGUAUAAGCGAAAGAAGAUGGCCAUCAAGACCAUCAAGACCGGCGAGCGGGUCGUCAUCGAUCCCGCCCUGACCAUCCAGCGUAUUUACAUGAUCUUCUACGGAUGUAUCAACGUUGGUUCGCUGUCUCUGCUCGCUACUCCCUACAUGGAGAAGUACAUUGGCUUCUGGUCAGCCUAUCUUCUCUGCCUCUGCAUGUUCAUGGUCGGCACCCUGGUGGUGAUUCUCGGCCGCAAGUUCUACGUCGUCCGCCCUCCCCAGGGAUCCAUUAUCACCGACGCCUUCCGUGCGUUGUUCAUCAUGAUUAAGAACCGUGACAUGGACGCCCCCAAGCCCUCGUGGCAGACCGAGCGCCACGGCUCCACUGCCGUUACCUGGGAUGACCACUUCAUCGACGAAUUGAAGCGCGCCCUCGUCGCUUGCCGCGUCUUCGCCUUCUACCCCAUCUACUGGGUCGUCUACGGCCAGUUCUCCAGCAACUUCGUCACCCAGGCCGGUCAGAUGGAAGCCCACGGCAUCCCCAACGAUCUGAUGCAGAACUUCGACCCCAUCUCCAUCAUUGUCUUCAUUCCCCUCCUCGAAACCUGCGUGUACCCCAUCAUGCGCCGUCUCAAGAUUCCCUUCCGCCCCAUCACCCGUAUCGCUCUCGGCUUCGUCGUCGCCUCUCUGGCCAUGAUGUACGCCGCGAUCGUGCAGCACCUGAUUUACUCCGCUGGACCUUGCUACGGCCAGCCCCUCUGUGAUGCCUCCAAGAUUGACGGCACCGCCUACGGCAACAAGGUUCACAUCGCCAUUCAGACCCCGGCCUACGUCUUCAUCGGUGUUUCCGAGAUUUUCGCCUCCGUCUCCGGUCUCGAAUACGCCUACACCAAGGCCCCACCCAGCAUGAAGUCCUUCGUGCAGUCCAUGUACCUCCUCACCAACGCAUUCGGUUCCGCCAUCGCCGAGGCCCUCACCCCAGCUGCCUUCGACCCCGCCAUCAUGUGGAUGUUCGUCGGUCUUGCCUGCGCUUCCUUCAUCUGCGGUAUCAUCUUCUACGCCAUCUUCUACCACUUGAACGCCCAGGAAGAUGACAUGAACGCGCUUGAUGCGGAUGAUGACAUGCCUGAGGCGCCGAUUGCCGAGGAGCGUCGUGCUUCCCAGGCCCAUUAA